ACUUUCGACUAAUGGUACCGGGAAACAACCGGUUUACUGGAUAUCUGACUACAGGUUAGCAACCUAGUUACUGACAGUUCCUUCUUUUCCUCCACUGCAGAACAACUCAGUUGGAACUUGAAUAUGUGCAAAUGCUGCAUUUUUCAUCCAAUUAUCCACCCCAUAAAAGAAAUUACUAUGAUCCCCCAAGGUCUUGUUUAUAGGGGAAAAAGAACUCACUAUGUCAAGUUCAGCUCUGCUUAUGAUGAAUUUGUUCAAUGGUAGAGAGUGGAGCGACCUGUAGAAGGCUGCCAUUUGCAUCAACUGACAGUAACGAAAGAGUCACCGUUGGGAGCUUGGUACUAAUCGGUUUGUCGACAAAGAUUUUGGGGUUUGUGGUUUGCAGAUCUUAUGGAUUUUUGGCAUAUCUGAUGGUUUUUCGCCGGUAGUUAAUUAAGCAUGCACUGCCUCGCUGCCGACCACCAGCCUUCCCCUCCCUCUGCUUCAGUUUGAGGCAUGAGAAUCGCCGCCGACGUAGCUCUCGAGCUUGAUGACAGUGGCAUCGAUGUCAGACAACAAAGGCAAAGUCAUGGCUAAUAAGAGAUGUGACUCGAUGCCAUAGCAAACGGCCUCUUCCGCAGGCUCUUGUUUAGGGGACCGAGAUGUUGUGGUGGGAGAAAGAGAAGAUGGAGAAAUAUGGCAUUGGUUGUUCUUUAAUGGAGAUAUGAAAUCGAGGUUGCGGGGGAUCGAUAUCAGGUGGGAGGGAAGGGUGAGUUGGGAAUGGAGGAAUAAGAGAAGGUGGCAGAGAUAGAAAUGGUUUCGUAGAGAUGGAAGCCUGUGGUGGUGGUGGACUGGGUGAGAGAUAAAGGGGAAGGAAGACGGAGUUGGGGGAAUUUCUUCGCAUUUUUAGGUGAUUACCGACAUUUGGUUUACCAGCUAACCGUCGGUUACUAACCAAGUAAAAUCCGGUAUACCAAGUACAUCCUUUUAGAUACCGCCUACCGAUAUUGUCGAUUAACGAUGUAACUAAUAACUGCCGGUUACCAAUUUUAUAACUAAUUAUACCGUUAACCGGUAAACCGAUUAUCACCCCCUACUCUCACUAACCCACUCCAAAUGUCCACCUUACCCUUUUCUGGUCUUUCCCACAUCCUCUUGUAGACCCAAAAAUGGGAAAACCCGCUUUCUACGUUUGGACUUUGGAGAUGGUCUAAUUGGGCCGACCCGUAUGCCGUAGCCCAAGCCUGAAAUUGUCGACAUCGUAUCCAAAGCGUAAACCGUACGCAGAAGGGAGAUAUAUGUCAUUUAGCUUAUUUUAAGUUAAUCAUUCGUCUCAUUCAGAUCAACGAACUUUUCGCAAUUUUCCAAAAUAGUGGGUCACGCAUCGCAGCAAUACGAUCACAGCCGUCCAUCCAGCGGAUAAACCGACGGAAAAAUAGCCGACCUUGAGCCCAAGAGGUCUUUUUUUCUAUGUAAAACCAAAAAAUUCGUAGGGGUUGGGAGAGGAAAAUCAUUUGUUCUGUGCCACUAAGAAAGUAGAGAGAGAGAAGGAAGAGAGAGAUAAGGAGAGGCGGUUCAUUUGGUUUUUGGUCAAGAGAAAAAAAGUCGCCUCUGCUCUAUAUAGGAAGAAUAAAUCUCCCCGAUCUCUCUCUCGUCCUCCGCCUUGUAACCGGUUCCCUUCCUUUCCGAACCCAGAUUCAUCAAGCUUCCUCCCCGUUACUCAGGUUGGUAACUGAAAGAAUCCGAACUCUCCCCGUCGCUUCUGGUUGUGGAUUGUGAAUUGUCUUUCUUGCAAUUGUUCUGGUUUGAUCGAAAAGGCUGUAUCUUGAUUUAGGUUUCUUGAGUUUUUUUGUCCCCUUUUAUCUUGGAUUUUGUUUACGGGUUGAUCUUGGUCAGAUCCUCUUUCAAUCCUUUUGGGGCGUGCUGGAUUUUAGGGUUUUUGCCAUCCAUGAUUUUUUUUUCGAUUGGAAUUGAGGGCGUGUCUGAGUUGUUCGUUUAUAUGUUAACGUCGUUUCUCGUGGUCCGCGAGAUCUGCUGUAGCUUGCGGGUUUUAUGGAUUGGCCAAUCCGCUGUGUAGGUAGAGGGUGGAUAUUGGACCUGAUAGAUGAAUGAGUUUGUGGGUGCUGUAGUUGGUAUUGAGAGGAACUUUCUGUCACUGGGUUAUAUUGAGACAAUGUUAGUGACUGCUGAUAGUAAGCUGAUCUGAUGGGAUUGAGAUGAUUAUCUAUUUUUGUGAAUCGUAGAGUUAGUUCAUUAUGUUCUGGGAUUUGGAUCUAUAGCUGCAGUUUUCUGACUAUAGGGCUUUUUUCAUGUUUUGCGGUUUGAUUCCAGCAUUUGAAGGCUUAUUCUGCACAAGGGCAUUGUAUUGGUUCUGCUCUACUCAUUCAAUCCAAGGUUCAUGUCUGAGUUUGACAAUCAGAUUCCAUCUGCAUUUGACCCUUUUGCUGAUGCAAAUGCUGAGGACUCUGGUGCGGGUACAAAAGAGUACGUUCAUGUGCGCAUACAGCAGCGAAAUGGGAGGAAAAGCCUGACUACUGUGCAAGGGUUGAAGAAAGAGUUCAGCUACAACAAGAUACUCAAGGACUUGAAGAAGGAGUUCUGCUGUAAUGGUACAGUCGUCCAGGACCCUGAGUUAGGCCAGGUCAUUCAGCUUCAGGGCGAUCAGAGGAAGAACGUCUCCACAUUCCUUGUGCAGGCUGGGAUUGUUAAGAAGGAGAACAUCAAGAUCCAUGGUUUCUAAAAGUUGCAAGAUAAGCGAGAUCUUGUUAUCUACCUAGUAGACUUUCAAGUUGUUUAGAAGGAAAAGGGUGAAGAAUCUCACAUGUGUGGGACAGUUGGGACGGAUUGAAAGUUUGGGGGAUAUCAGUACUGUCUGGAAUUUAUUUGCUUUUUAAGUUUGUGAUGUGUGGCUGUCUUAAAUCGUCAGCAAGUGAAAACCAGUUUUUGGUUGUGGUGGUGUUAUAUGUGUCUUCAGACUUGCUGGAUGUUUUAUGGAGUGCCGUCAUUGCUUACUGAUUGGUUCCCAGAAUAAAAAUGGUGGUCUCGUAAUCCCUGUCUAGUUUUCCAUUCUAUAUUAAUCACAUCUCCAUGGAUGAGAUGCAAGAGUCGGUCGCCUUGAAGCUUUACUUGGAGGUUGUCAUUUGAUCAUUGGUACUGUACAACCGUCGCUGUAUCGAUUGGUCAAUGUGGUCCGAUCGUGCUUUUAACCCGGUUUUUGCAUCGCUCUCCUUGUUUUGAUAUUUGAUCUUGCAAUGCUACUAGAAAAUAAUUGAUCAUCCUUUUCUUUUUCUGUGCGAUGCCAAACGCAUCACGUGGCUGGGAUGGCUACUUGCAACUACGAAGUCUGGAUCUGAAAUGCUUUCCACAGACCUCAUCGCUUUCUUGAUGGCUUCGUAACCAGUACCCAGUACGAGAUUUGCCUAAAUAUCAUUUGUUCCCCCUGUUCUAGGCUCAGUAUGAUGUUAAGCUUGAAGUGCGUGAACUCUCAAUAGAUUUGCAUAUCAGAUUCAUGGGCGACUUUCUGGAUUGGAUUCAAUAGAUUUGUGUCUUAAGUUGGUAUUAAAUGUAAUUUGUCGACAUGAAUCUAGAAAUAAUUAAACGCACACCUGGGAUAAUAGAGAAUUGCAGCAAGGUAAGUUUAUUCCACCCUCAAAUCUGCAAAGGCAACCUGCUGUUGCAGAAGCUCGGCCGGGAGCACAAUUUAAUUCACCGGCUGAUAUGAUCAUGAAUUCUUCAAUCCAAUUCACCAAACCAUGAUUUGAAUUUUACUUACCACCUCUAAUUCAGUUUUACAUAGAUUAUAUCCAGUACUAAGUGGUUAUUUUUUGUGUUAUUUAUCGUGGAUGGUUUCAGCCAGAUGGAUAGAUCUUCUACUUAUUUAAUCCUCGAGCUAAGAUCAAGAUCAUGUGACUAGGGGGAGGAACACUGGGAUGGCAAUGAGUCGGGUUGGGGCGGGUUUUGUCAAACCCAAACCCAAAUUCAUAGGUUUAUCCGUUAAAAAAACCCGUUGGGUUUGAAAAACUCAAACCCAACCCGCUGGGUAUCCGCGGGUUCAUGGGUACCCGUGGGUUUUUGUGGUAAAAAAUUUACAAUAACAAAUUUCUUUCAAAAUAAAAGUUUAAACAUCAA